AUGGUGGUCCUAGCAGCUUCGAUCUGUACAAGAGGCGGAAAAGCUAUUAUAUCCAGGCAAUUCAGAGAUCUGUCCAAGGAUAGAGUCACCUCGUUGCUGGCUGCUUUUCCGACGCUGCUGCCCGACACGACAAAGACGCAGCACACCACGGUCCAAGGUGAAAAUGUCAGAUACGUUUACCAGCCAUUGGAGGAAUUCUACGUGGUGUUGAUCACCAACAAGCACUCAAACAUUCUGCAAGACAUUGAUACGUUGCAUUUGUUCACACAAACAAUUACGUCGAUCCUCAGAACGGUCGACGAGAGAGAAAUCUUCGACAACUGUUUCGAGAUUCUCAACGCGUUCGACGAGAUCAUCAACUUGGGCUACAAGGAGAAUCUGUCGCUGUCGCAGAUAAUCACAUUCCUGGAAAUGGAGUCCCACGAAGAAAAGAUACAGGAGAUCAUCGAGCGGAAUAAGGAGUUGGAGGCCGCCGAGGAGAGAAAGAGAAAGGCCAAAGAAAUACAGAGAAGAGAGAUGAUGAAGAAAAAUAUGGAGUCCUAUGAGUUCCAGCAGUCCCAGAACUUUGUGCAGCCGUCGUACCAGCCUCCAGCACAGCCGGAACACCAAUUCACACAGCCAUCGUACACGGCGCCGGAGAAACAGUUUAGCAGGGCUCCUCCAAGAAAGGGAGGCUUGCAGCUGGGCAAGAAGACAACGAGUCUGGGUGGUGAGGCUCAGCCUCUUCUCAUCUCGACUCCUCCUCCGCAACCAUCUACCCAAUCGACACCAUCGUACGAGCCUCCCGCCAAGGAGCGGAUCCCAAACAAUGGCAUUCUGAUUCUUGUCAACGAAAAGUUCACUGGCCAGAUCACGAGAGAGGGCUCGAUCUCGACUGCGGAGGUGCAAGGAGACUUGCAACUUAGAAUUAACGAUCCGUCGCUAGCAUACGCUCUUGUGAAUCUCAAACUUGGUUCUACCCCAGAGCGCACCACGCAGUAUAAAACCCAUCCGAAAGUGGACAAAAACCUGUUCAAUUCCGAAUCUGUCAUAGGCAUGAAGGACCAGUCUAAGCCGUUUGCCUCGAACGACCAGCCAUUGGGUGUGCUCAGAUGGAGGUCUGUGUCGAAGAUGUCCGAGUCCGGCGAGUCCAAUACUUUGUUGCCUUUGGUGUUGACCACCUGGGUGGGCAACAACGAGGAUGGGACUGUGAGCCUCACGUUUGAGUACGAGGCGCACCCAGAGAAGAAGCUUGACGAGGCCAAUUUGUUGAUACCGACUGGCGAUGCCACCAUUGAGUCGAGCGACCACAACAACGUGUCGUUGCAGUACGUUGAGGAAGUGGAACAUCCGUCGGGCUCGUUUGAAAUUCUGUGUCGCGGAAUCGAUGACGAAGAAGCCUUAUUCCCGAUGGAGGUCGUUUUUUCUGUUUCGCAGCAGGUGGAAGCCGGCGAGCAGGUUGGCGACGUCACUGUUGUUUCUGUGGUGAAUGCCGAAUCGAAGGAAGAUCUGCCGUUCGAUGUGCACUACAAUGCUUCGAAUGAAGGCUACUACAUAAUUUAG